AUGACCAAGUUCUUUGCAGUGGUUAGACUCACUAGGUUCUUAGUGAAAUCAUCGGUUUCCUUGGGAUCACCUACCAAGCCCGCUACCAAGCUUAACCCUUCUUCAUGCCUGAGAUCAAGGGGAACCCCAAACACUUUGAAUUUGAUAGAAUGGAGGUGGUCUGCCAUUGAAAUAACAUAUGAUAAAAUCUUUGUGGAUUUCAGCUCCUUUCUGGAAGACACUGUCCGGAAUGAGAACACGGGGUAUGCCUUUAUCUGACAGAGUCACAGGAGCUAGACGCCGUAGUUUUUUAUCCUCCAUCCUUCGUAGUUUUUCAACCAGCGGGGGAACAGUGGCAUUAAAACCAGCAGUAUUACCAUCAGGAACAGAGUGAGCUGCUGGAGAAGGAGCAGGGAUAGUAGGUGGGGGAAUGUCGAACCUAGGGUUUGAUACAGGAGGAGAGGGGUUGGUGGGGUUCCGAGUAGGAAGAGGCUUGGUGAAAGGUGAGGGAGGGAUGGAGA